AUGGACAUUGUCAAGGAUCUAUCAACUUCAAAAGGAGCCAUCCGAUGCAUCGACAUGCACACCACCGGCGAACCAACUCGUAUCGUCUUGAAUGGCUACCCAGCCUUAUCCGGCACACUACUCGAACAACGAGCUGAAGCGAAACGGUCCCACGACCACAUCCGCCGCAAGCUGCUUCUCGAACCUCGAGGCCACAAUGACAUGUACGGAGCGAUCCUGCGGCCAGACACGGAACUUACGACUUGCGGCGAAGCUCACAUGGGCGUCUUGUUCAUGACGAAUGAUGGCUACUCGACCAUGUGUGGACACGCUACGAUUGCUCUCGGGCGGUUUCUGCUCGACACGCAUGACAAGACGGUGUUUCCGAAGAGAGACGAGGUACACUUCGAUGCGAAGACGAGGGCUGCCUCUUUGGGGCUGCACUGUCCUUGUGGAUUGGUGGAGGUGACAGUGCCUACGAAUGAGGAUGGGACUCGUUCAGAUCCUUCGAGACCAGUCUCGCAUAUCUCAGUACCAUCUUUCACUACAGGGCUGGAUGUUGGAGUUGAACUAUCUCAAGAUCUUCGAUGGCCAGAACUUGGAGAGCGACAGUCGGUUACCGCAGACUUCAGCUAUGGUGGCGCCUUUUACUGCUUCAUUUCUGCUAAAGAGAUCGGGUUCCCUCGAGGGCUUAAAGGCAAAGUCGAUAUCGCCGCCAUGAACACCGCAACGAGACUUCUGAAAGCCGCUGUGAACUCGAACCCAAAGUUGAGAUACUUGUUCUCUCAUCCUGACCACGACGACCUAGGCUUUCUUUAUUCGAUCAUCGUUGUCGAUAAAGAAGCGGGAGAGCCUAUUGCACAGUCUACACAAGCCGAGACUGACCUCUGCUUCUUCUCCGACCAACAGAUCGAUCGAUCGCCAACAGGUAGCGGAGUAGCGGCGAGAGUCGCUCUAUCACAUGCGAAAGGCUCACCCUCGGCCACACAAAGAGCAACAUACCACUCCCUCGUCUCGAACUCCCUCGGAGGCCGCGGCGGCUUCAUUGGAAGUCUUCACGACGAGCAAGGUCAAACCAAAGACGACUUCCCUAUUGUACGAGUACUUGUGGAAGGCUACGCCUCGUAUACUGGGACAUCCUCUUUCGUGGUGGAAGAGAGUGAUGCAUUGGGAGAUGAUGAGUUCCUAUUCGAUAAGUUGUAA